ACUAGAUUUCUUAGAUUUCUCUAAAUAUCUAGUUAUUAAUUCAAAUGUUCGUCAGGAUUCCAAAUGAAAUUUUGCUGAAGAAGGAACUGACAACGACAAAAGGAUUUUCAUAACCCUAACCUGAAUCUUGUAGACGCUCUGCUCUAAAAGUGGCCAUGGACAAGCAGUAAGAUAGACAAGGAUAAAUUUUUGGUUUGACAGGGGAGUGAUUUGAAAGAAGCCUUCAAAUUUUUUGGACAAAAUGAGCAGUCAAUUCGGGCGAUUAUUUCAAAAAUCAAAUUCAAGCGUUUCCCUGCAAUGCGGAAACGCCCUGCAAUCCUCCGUCGUCCGCCUGCGAGACAAAAUUUUCCUCCUCGACGCGGGCCUUGCAGCUCCCGUCGCCUGCACGCAUGACGAGCUAACCAGAGUCCCCGCUAACCACAAUGCCAGGUUCAUCAACAGGAUAGGGUAUCUCGAUGUAGCAGGUGGCAAUUCCAGGUCAGCAGCCGGCCUAAGCAAGGCAGGCCUUGCCGACGUCAAAAUGGGGGGUCAAUUGCCGGGCUCCAAAAUUCUGGAGAGAUUAUUUGUGGAUAUCGUGGCGGGGGAUCAGGUGGCAAAAAGUCGUGCAACAAUGCGAUUGAAUGAGAUGGUGGGGUUUGCGGAUUCCGUGCCUGGCGAGCCGCAGAUUAUAUCUCCCUACAAAUUCAGGCAGCACAGGGCCUGGAUCGAGUUGAAUAAGUAUUGGCGGAGGAAUAGGAAGGUCCAGGGCGUUGUUCUUGGGAAAGUGAACAGAGGUUACGCCGUGGCCAUUUCGGGCUUUGUGGCGUUUCUUCCGCAGAGUUUGGGGAGGAAUAAGAGGAUUGUUGAUAAGUUCGUCAUUGAUGAGCUUAACUCCAAGUCGAUGAACUUUGUGGUGAAAUAGAUUGCUACAGCGGAAUGGAAUACAGUGGAAUGAUCACUUGUUUCAUUGCCAGUAGGUCAUCGCAGUGGAAUAGGCACUUGUUCAAUGCUGCUCAUCAGUCAUGUCAGGGUUUUCCUCACGUGAAAUAAUGAAUAUCCUACCUUAGCAUUUCUGACUAGUGAAACUUGCUUAAGUCCUCUUGAUUAUGUCUAUUCAAAAUGAAUAUCUUACCUUAUAGUGAAUGCAAGAAGGAGGCUGCAAAUAUUAUUUUAUUUAUAUUUGUCAAACUUGAAUGUCAUGAUAGAGGUCCACUGUUUAAUAUUAAAAUAAUAAAAUUAGGUCCUCACUUGAGUUUGACAAAUUUUUUUA